AGUCCGACUGCGUGAAACCGUGCGUUGCUUAGUCCUUUGCUACAGCGAUUACGUGGCUUGAGAAGGGAAGUAGAGGUGAGACGCAGGCGCGGCGUGAUGGCGGCUCCCGUGUACAGCCCCACAUUUUUCUUGCAUCUGAUGCUGCUUGUGGCCGGGAUCGUCUCCCCCGGGUGGGGUCUCUACUUCCAUCUGGGCGAGACGGAACGCAAGUGCUUCAUCGAGGAGAUCCCGGACGAGACCAUGGUCAUCGGGAAUUACCGGACGCAGCUGUUUGAUAAGCAACGGGAAGAGUACCUUCCUGCUACUCCAGGCCUGGGCAUGUUUGUGGAAGUGAAGGACCCUGAUGAAAAGGUGGUGUUGUCCCGACAGUAUGGCUCAGAGGGUAGGUUCACCUUCACUUCACAUACACCUGGGGAACAUCAGAUCUGCUUGCAUUCCAACUCCACAAAGUUUUCCCUGUUUGCAGGAGGCAUGCUGAGGGUCCACCUUGAUAUCCAAGUUGGGGAGCAUGCCAACGACUAUGCUGAGAUUGCAGCCAAGGACAAGCUGAGUGAGCUGCAGUUGCGUGUGCGCCAGCUCCUGGAGCAGAUAGAGCAGAUCCAGAAAGAGCAGAACUACCAGCGGUGGCGAGAAGAACGUUUCCGGCAAACCAGUGAGAGCACAAACCAACGAGUUCUCUGGUGGUCCAUUGUUCAGACCCUCAUUCUUGUAGCCAUCGGAGUCUGGCAGAUGAGGCAUCUCAAAAGUUUCUUUGAGGCCAAGAAGCUGGUAUAAAAAAAAAGAUGGUGUUCUCAGCAAAAGGCCUGCAUCUCCCACAGAAGCCAUUCCCAGUCCUUCAGUGCCUGCGCUGGUCCCUUUUCCCUCUUCAGUCGUCCUUUCCACCAGACUGGUUGUUGUUUGGGCUCAAUGUCAUCUACCUCUCUCUGCCUGUAUCCCUCUCCUCCCUCACCUCAAUCAUCUCAGACUGCUGUGGUUCCAGUGCAGCAGCUCAGCCCCUUGAGACCCUGUGCUCUCUCCAGACAGUCGAGACCUGCCCAUCCUUGUUGCCUCUCAUGCUCUGUCUGAGGAGCUUGUGUGUGGGGGGGGGGGGCUGUGUGCAGCUUUUCUCCUGACUCAGAGUGUCCUUCAUCAAAAAUACUCUUUUCCCAAGGACACUCAGGACUCUUUUCUCUAGCCAGCAUCACAAAUGUCAAAGCCAAGAAACUGAUGCCAGUUUUCAGCUGUGCUGUACUUGUACUAGCUCUGACUUCUUAAUGCCGCUAGUAUGUUGUUCAGAAGGAAAGUGCUGAAUAAGAAAACUUGGAAGCUUUGCCUGCAAUUCUCCUGUUCUGAUAUUCAUAAUGUGAAUAGGAUGCUGAAUGAUUUUGUGAUUAACUGCUCUGGUAUUGGUGGAGCAAUAUGGGGACACUGUGUGUUUGUAUUGGGAUAUGUGAUAAUCACUGGGCUACUAAUUGGGGAUAGCUAAGUACUGAAAUUUACUUGUCUUCCUCCUGUUGCUUGUUAGAAUUAAAUUUCUAACAACUUAAUUUUGCUGUAUACAUGCAGCCGAUACUCUUCUGGCAGAUCAAAUACUUCGUUUUCCACUAGUGUGAGCUAAUGGAUUGCAAGCUUGGUUCUACAAUACUGCUGUUAUAACAGGAACAUGUGCAGACAUCCUUCUUUCCUGCUGCUCCACCAACCAGAUCCUAACUCUGAUUUACUCGCUUCAGAGUCCCAUUGAUUUCAAUAGAAUUCCUUCCAAAUAACUUUGCAGCCCAAGUCUCCUAGGGGUUUGUUUUGCUAAAUACAUUUGUGGACAUUGAAAAGAUUCAUAUGGUAUGAUUAUAACUCCAAAAUUAUUGGGAUUGCAGUUUGGGGGAGGGAAGAGAGUAAAAAGAAUGUUACAUUUGAAGUAGGCCACUCUUGAACUAAUAGAUAAACCAUGAUUGAACCCUGUGCCCAAGAAUGAACUAUGUGCCCAUAUUCUCCUACUUCCCCCUCUUCUCCUUCCUUCAUUGCACCCAGCUUCAACACUUAUAUCCUGUUUUGUGAGAUGUUUGUUCUAACAAAUUGUGCUUGUAAGCUACAACAAGCCUCAGUUUGGAUGUUAUGGGAAGCUGGUUUAACAAGCCAGGAUAUAAGCAUCAGUCUGGACACCCAAGGGGAGGAGUAAGGAAAGUGUGGGCUUGUUAUGUCUGACCUGGCCAUUGUGUGUUGACUUUGUAAGUGAGGGGGCUGUUACUGAUUGCUGUUGUCUUUUGUUUGUAAACAUUACUUCCAUAUAAGCUGUUAGAGAAGUGUCUAUGUUGCCUUGGCCUAUAAUCACCUUGUUAUCUGUCUGAGUUGGAUUUUCUGGAAUUGACACAUUGUAGACAAGGCAAAUGCAGAUAUGGUAAAAUCCCUAACGCUUUGUUUGCCCAGCAUUGGCUUCCUAAUUAAUAUAUUAAUUUUAUAUGAAAGCAGGUACAAAUGUCCCCUUCCCUAAAUGUGAAAGGGAACGUUUUUGUUGCCAGAGCAGAACACAGAAUUGUUUACUAGAGGCACGAGCUAUAGCUUGCUAGGAACAAUUACAGUGACUUCUGUGGCACCACCCUGUCAAUUUCUAAAAUUAAUCUUAGGAUUUGUUUGGUGCUUUGAAUAUGUUGUGUUACUGGAUUUACAAAAAGGUGGUGGGGGUACUACUGCUUAUGAGUGUCCUCAAGUUGCCAAGGAGUUUUGAGUUGGAUAUAUCCAGUCUGAUCUGACUAUGAUCCCUCUGGAGUCCAGCAUGUUGAAAGCCAUGAGUCUUGAUUUUCGGAUAGCAGAACUUGCUAAAUGUUGAAGUGCUGGAUUCUAUUCAGAGCAAUUUUUUGCGGGCAUUAAACUGGUGUUGUUGAUAAAGCUACAUGACUGUGCCAAGUUAAAAACAAAACAGUUUGGAGCACUGGAAGGAACUUCACUGGGAGGCACUUUCUAGACUGAAGGAAGAUUCCUUACUAUAUGAAUGAAUGCUGGUGAGCUUCUAUUUGAACUGGGUUUAUUGGAAAGGGGGGCUUCUAUUAUUUGUUUUCCAAAUAUGUGGCAUAUGUGAUGACUUGGGUUUGUGUCACUAACUACACCAUCCAGUUAAAGAGUUCCAAGAGCCCAACCACCCUGAAGUUACCCAGACUAUGCACUUAUGCACAAGUGAAAUUAUGUUUCUUACUGUCCACUGUGACCAACAACAAAGGUUUAAUUGGGUAACAAUUUUAAAUACUCAAAAGUAGGAUUGCAAGCUUUUAAGUAGGAGAUUAAAUGGCUAAAGCUAUAUGGGCGAGGGACCAGUUUUAAUGAGUGGCACAUAUUUGUUUUAUUGUCUGGAAGCCCUGGUUCCUACUGUAAUUCAAACAAGAGAGACAUUAUUAAAGAUGGUAUUUGCUCCUAACAA